AUUAGGGUGCCUCUGCGUUUGCUCUCCUUUGUCCCACAAUGGCGGCUGCGACGUUCCGCUCCACACUCCGCCGCAAUAGCCUUCUGCCCUUUUUCGAAACCUGCCGCCUUCGAGAUAUCCUCUUCUUCUCCUCCUCCUCUGUCAACGCUGCCGCCGCCGUAGGCGGCACCAGAUCUCCAGAUCCCCACUUCAUGGUGGAAUACCUCGUCAACUCCUGCGGGUUCUCCUCCUCCGAGGCAGCCAAGUUCUCUAAACCCCUUGCGCACCUCCGAUCCACCAAGAAACCCGACGCCAUCCUUAACUUCAUGAGAUCUCAGGGCUUCGAUGGCGCUGGUAUCAGGAAGUUGAUAUCUUCGAGCCCCAUUUACCUAUGCUGCAACGUGGAGAAGAACCUCGCCCCGAAGUUUCAGUUCUUACGCGAUUUGGGCCUCUCGGAGUCGUACAUCGUCGAUGCCAUCGUGAAUAACCAGCGCAUCCUCGGCCUCGACGUUCAUCGUUCCAUCGUCCCCAAAUUGGAGAUGUGGGAAAGUCUCUUGGGAUCGAGAGAGCUCGUUCUCAAGCAUCUCAAGAAGACAAGAUGGUUUAUCAGAUCCACGGUUGAGAAGAGGAUGCAUCCUAACCUAAAAUUCUUAAGGGAUGAGUGCGGUAUCCCCGAAGAAAGGGUCUCUUCCUUCUUGAGAACUCACCCAACUUUUAUCUUACAGAAACCAGAGUCACUCCGGGCUUUGGUUGUGAGAGCCGAGGAACUUGGGAUGCCCCGACACUCUCAAAUGUUCAUGUCGAUCCUUAAAUCUCUCCAAAUGGUAAGCAAAGAAACGCUCGAGGCAAAGGUUGAGCUCCUGAGGAGCUUCGGGUGGUCGGAGUCCGAGUUUUUUUCUGCAUUCAAGAAGACACCGAACAUAUUAUGCCUUUCGAUGGAGUCGUUUCGUAGAAAGAUGGAAUUUUUAAUCAAAGAGGUUGGGUACGUCCCUUCCUUCAUCGCCGACCACUCAUUGCUCUUGCGAUUUAGUUUGGAGAAGAGGCUAAUUCCUCGGUUUCGUGUUUUGGAGAUGUUGAAUACGAAAGGCUUGUGGACUCGACGAGGCAAGUUUUUGUCCUAUGUGAAAUUAUCAGAUACAAUAUUCAUGGAGAAGAUUGUUCUACCCUACAAAGAAAAGGUUCCUGAGCUUCUUGAUAUUUUGAGAGCAGGUGAGUGUGAAGGGAAAUGAGCCCUUUUAUUUGGUAUUAGAGGAGGAUGAGAAGGGCUUAGCUGAUGGUCUAACUCACAUUUGAAUUUCUCAACAAGAGCUGAGCACUGAUUCGGCACCUUUUUCCUUGACAACAAGCUGUCUUACAUCAACCAUCAGCUUCUUGAUAUUUUGAGAGCAGGUGAGUGUGAAGGGAAAUGAGCCCUUUUAUUUGGUAUUAGAGGAGGAUGAGAAGGGCUUAGCUGAUGGUCUAACUCACAUUUGAAUUUCUCAACAAGAGCUGAGCAGUGAUUCGGCACCUUUUUCCUUGACAACAAGCUGUCUUACAUCAACCAUCAAGAUGUUCUACACUAUGCUUGCAGGUUGAAUGGACUUCAGAGAUUCAAUACUUGAGUAUGCUAUCCUGAAAUGUCUUCAGCCUCAUUGGAAUUGUUGAGUAUGCUAUCCUGAAAUGUCUUCAGCCUCAUUGGAAUUGUUGCUCAGGCAUUUCCUGCAUCAACAAACUCUAACAUGCAAACUAAUUUAUAUGCCUACAUUUUAAAAUGACAAGAAAUUGUCUAUUUCAAAUUUCUGUAAUUGUCUUUAAGUUUUGUUUGAGUUAAUGAUCAUUACAUCAUAAGGUUUUAUGUCCUGCAUUUAGUGCAGAAAUGACUACUUAUGAUUAUGCACACACACUAUCCUGACCCAUUCUCAUCUACUCUUGUUUCUGCCUCUCCAUGCAAUUGUGCAUAUUUUUAAUAUCACAGUUCAGAUAAGAUCAUAAGAAUAUCAAUCAUUGUUCUUGAUUUGUAAAACAUUUUCUGAAUCUUGAUAUUAGCUGUUCCAUCUUUUGCAGCGAAUUUUGUGUAGCUGUGCAUGAGUUGUGGAACUGACAACUUGCAAGUGCAUCAAGAAUAUUGGAAGUUAUGCAAAAACUGCUUUUCUAAUUACAUUCUUGAUCCUGCCAAGCUUAUUAGUAGUAAGACAGAGUUUGCUAUGAAUCUUUUCUCUUGCAAGCAGAUCAUUGGAAGUGAUUCUUGGAUUCUUGUUCAUAGUAUUUGUUUUAUUUUUGAGUGUGUUGGUUUAUUUAAUCUGUUGUGAGGUCAGUAUGACAGUUUCAAAAUCAUUUGGUUUUUA